AUGUCCAUCUGGGACAAGCUCACCGGGCGUAAGCCAUCCUCUUCGACGGCAUCUUCAGACUCUUCUCCCUCCAGCGCCCCCUCGGAUACUUUCACUCCUACCCCCUUCAAUCCGCAAGAUGCCCAGGAUGUCACAUCUUUUCUGAGCGGCACUUCCCUCGCGGACCCCUCACAAUUACAUCCUCUGGCUGGCCUCAACCAACAAACCUUGGACUACUUAUCUCUCGAAGAUUCUGCGUUGUCUGAUCUUCCCGGCUCACAAUCGGCACUUCCAUCACGAGGCUGGUCCGAUGAUUUAUGUUACGGCACUGGAGUUACAUAUCUAUCGGCCUUGACUGUUGGAGGAGCUUGGGGGCUACAGGAGGGGCUGAGAAGGUCAAAUGGACAACCGCCGAAGUUGCGACUGAACUCGGUGCUGAACGCUGUCACAAGGCGAGGACCGUUCUUGGGAAACUCCGCUGCCGUAAUCGCCAUGGUAUACAAUGGUUUCAACUCUUACAUCGGCUACGUGCGAGGGAAGCACGAUUCUGCGAACAGUAUUUUUGCCGGUGCAUUGAGCGGGAUGAUCUUUAAGAGCACAAAAGGUGUCCGACCCAUGAUGAUCUCUGGAGGAAUCGUUGCUUCUGUUGCAGGUGCAUGGGCUGUUACGAGAAAAGCCUUGUUCUAG